AUGUCGGCUGUCGACGUCAUGCAUGAGCGGGAAAUGCACACCUUACCAGAGGCUUCCGACCAAGCUCCCUACGGCAAACGAGGAAGUCGAAGCACGAACACGCCCCCCGGAGGGGACUCACGAGCUUCUUCCUCUUCGCAGGAGAUCCAAGGAGGCGUGAAAGGAUGUCGGGGUGCGGGGACGAGUCCGCAGCGAGACCUCACUUCCCCCCCGACCCGGGACGACCCCGAGGGAGGUCGCGGCCCGAGUCCUCCCGUCAAGCUGGAAAAAUGGAGCUCGUGUCACCAUUACGUGAACCUGAGUCCCGAGGACUACAAGACCCGCGGUGCGCCCUCGGGUCCCUUCUUACCUUAUCCCCCCAUGGCGAUGACUCCCAAGAAGGGCGUGGAGAACGUGAUCGACGAGGAGAAGUCGACGAGCGCAGAAGAGCAAGGGGAGUUGAGUGGAUCUGGAUCUGGAUCCGGAUCCGGAUCCGGAUCUUCAGACUCUGCUUCCAAUCCUCCCAGGCCCAUGAAUUCCACCUCCGUGCCCAAACAUCGACCUAGGCCGAAAGGUCGCUCCAAGGCUACCCCACACGAGCAUCUGAAUCAUGAGCUGGAAGGCGUGAGGCACGGAAUGGAGAAUUUCACGAUCCGAAGCACGACUUCGUACUCGACGACGUCGAGCAGUUCGGAGAUGGAGCAUGGGAGGACGCGGCUCUUGCGACACUCGUCCCUGGAAACCAUCAACACGAACAUCACCGCCGCUGACGAAUUCGUCUGGAUCGAUUCCCACAACAGGAUGGUGGAGCUGCAGGUGGUGCCGUGGUCGAGUCACGAGGUCCUCCGCCUCGUCCAGAACGGGAGAUUGAAGGACAGAAGCGAGCAGGUGUCCUUGGACACCAUUCCGAGACUCGCUUACCUCCUGCAAAGGGUUCUAGUCAGGUUGGCUCGGGAAAUCCAGCGCUUAUCGCGACCCCUGGGAUUCUGCUCGAAGCAAGAAGUGGCCUCCGCUUUCAGGAUCCUCAUGUCCCCGUCUCUCGCCGAUUCCUGCAUCAAGGCCUGCCUGAGGGCAUCGACCAUGUUUGCCGUGUCGGGGGAUCAGACGAAAGAGAGCAAAGGCUCCCGAGCGGGUCUUCAGAUGGCAGUGGGGCGAUUCCAUCGCUGGAUGGUGGACGUCCGACUGGGUCGGUUCAUCCACGAAUACGCAGCCGUAUACAUGGCAGCGGGUCUGGAGAACUUCCUCGAAGAGAUGGUUCUGGCCUGCCUGCCGUCGGACGGCGAGACCAUGCUCACCCCCGUCGUCCUCGAGACUGCCAUUGCCGCCAACGCUCAGUUGUGGGGUCUCCUUCAGCCGUACGCCCACCUGAACGCCGGCAGGAAUGCCUCCGGUUCUCUCACGUUGCCUCGAUGGAACAGCACGUAUUUCGCCCUCCCCGCGGAGCCGAACGAAAACAAGACGAUGGAGCAGAACCUGUUGACCACCUGUGUCGGUUCCCUAGAGGAACUGACUUCCCUGAUAACCAUCGCUAGGCAUUUCCUCUCCUCCCCUCAUGCCUGGGCCAAUUCUGCGCUCCAUACCCUCUUCUACUUCAUGAGAUGCUCCCAGUUGGAGGGCCGGAGAGAGGGGAUGUCGGUGCAGGAGUUGACAUACGAGCGACCAUACAUCGUCCUACCCCCCUUGGCCGAGUGGGUGAGGGUGUCCUCUGCGCAUGCGCAUCACCGGGGUCUCGAGGCCGUCGUCGACGGUGACGAUGUGAUGCAAGCUGCCCGGCUUCUUCUUCCGGGCGUGGAUUGCCCUCCCCGCAUCCUCGGAUGUGAGGAGAUUUCGUGUGCUCGGCACCAUUGCGAGAACACAGAAUGUGCGAGGAAGAUGAAGGUGAGCCUGGCAUUCCGGAUGCUGUGUGCAGGUCAACCGGAGCUCUUCCCCCACGCCGUCCAGCUCCUUCCAUCCACCAAGUUGAACACGGUGAACGAGUUGGGCGUGACGCCGCUGAUGGUGGCGACGAUUCAGGGAGACCUGGAAGUGAUGAAGAGACUCCUCGACGGGGGAGCCGACGUGGACGGGGAGACCCCCAGCCACCCGGCCUACUCCCACCGCCAGCACUGGACGGCCUUGACCUACGCCGCCGUAAACGGGAAGGUAUCUGCCGCUCAGCUCCUCUUGGAACGGGGUGCUCACGUCGAAGGCGGGGCACGGCCUAACGAGGACCGCUGCACCGAGACUCCUCUCCAGGGAUCCCCUCUCCUAUUCCGGUUCCGCUCAACGAGGCUGCUACAGGUACGUAUUCGCCCUACUCCCUCAGAGGAUAGUGUAGUGCAGGAGAGAUGUAAAAGGAUUGACGCGAACGUGACGGUUUCCAGUGCGAUAUCGGUGGCGGCGAGUCACGGUCAUCGGAGUGCCAUGCAUCAGAUGCUCUCCCACCCGGUCCAGGGAUACCAAGAGAUGCUGUCUCUCGAAGAGAUCCUUGCCGAGGGCAUCAAGGACCACCGACACUUCCAGGGGGUGAAGUCGGAGGAAGGAGGAGGAGGGGGUGGAGGUGGAGGAGGGAGUAGUGGCUCGUCGAAUGGAGGAACUUCGUUGAGGAUGAAGAAGGCGGAGGUGAAGGCUCUCCAGGAAGCCCUCUACCACAGUGCGGAGAACCGGAAUCUCGAGAUGUGUCUAGACCUGAGGGGGUUGGGAGUGCCGUGGACGUUGCAUUCCUGGCUCCUCGCACUCGCAGUGGCCCACGAACGCAGACUGGAUUCCUCCAUUGAUGCUCUCCUUCAGGACUUUCAUCAAGCGUGUCCCGAUGAAGACUCACCCACUUUCAUCACCGAGGGACUCCCUCUGCUCUUCAACAUCUUCCGGCUUUCCAAGAACGAAGGAACGACGUUAUUGCUGGCAGACAUAUUUUCCUCCUGCUACGGGAAGGAAGUCGUUCCAAAGAUUCGAGACGGAGGGGUCGGGUCGUCGGGUCGGCUCUCCACCUGUUCCAUCGACCCGGCUUUCGUGAACAGCCCAGAACUGAGUGAUGUCCAGUUUCGGGUCGAGGGCAGGAUCUUCUACGGGCACAAGAUCAUCUUGGUGAAUGCGUCUCCUCGGUUCAAGCAGAUGCUCAGCCCCAAGAACUCCGACCUCAGCAACUCCUCCUCGAAUUGUUCCUCUUCUUCUCCGGUCGUCCAGAUCAAUGACAUCCGAUACAACAUUUUUGAGAUGGUGAUGCAUUACCUGUACAAGGGAGGAUGGGACGGAGUGAAUAUCUCCGCGGGAUCCCACGACGUCUUGGAACUGAUGGCAGCUGCCAACUUCUUUCAACUGGAUGGACUCCUCAAGCUGUGUGAGGCUCUCUGCGCUCAAUCCCUGGAUCUUCAGAACUUGGUCUCCAUGUACAUCCAUGCCAAGGUCCGUGUCCCACCACUCCUUUUGCAUUCAGAAUCUCUUGAGGGAUGCAGCUAUUUGGGGCGUGUUAUGGAACUCAGAAUCUGGCAGAGUUCUGGUGUUGGUAAAAGACUCUAG